AUGCAGCUAUUUCGGCAUACAAGACCCAAAGGCCCUGUAAUCGUACCUGUCACAUUCCAGAAGAGCCACCUGGAACCCAACUCGAAGGUCUCCUUGGAGUCAAAACCUCGAAUCCUUGUAAUAGGUGCAGGAUACCGUGGCUAUCCUUAUGCUGAGCUAAUUCAUAGUUCCGGUGAAGGCAUCAUUGCCGCAGUAGCUGAGCCAUCCGAAUUCAAGAGGCGAGCAUUCGGUGAAAUUAUCUGGGGGCAGCCUCCCCCAAGUUAUGUUACGGAAGCUUGUUCCACUUCGGACAUUGUUACGUGCGAGGUCCUUGGCGAAAGAAUCCACCAGUGCACCUUCGAUUCUCACAAAGUCAUGCCACGACAUCGAUUUUCUUCUCUGACUUCUCUGUUCGUCGACUUCUGCAUCCAACCCCGAACCACCUCAUCUCCCUUCAAAAGUGACUUCUUCAGGCAAUCCAAUAAGCCCUCAGGUGCCGGUGCAGCCACCAACUGCCUGAGCUGUUCUGUGGAGACGACAUGCCAAUACCGUGCUAAAUCGCUCUAUUUGCAUCAGCAACUUAGGGCAGGCAACAGCGAUCGUCCUGCCAAUGCAAUAGUGCCUGAUAUCGAGGAUGUGCUUCGGAAGCGGGGACUGUCUUUUGCGGCAAAGCGCUUAUUAGAAGUCAGAAACUGGUAUGGGCGCUGUGUCUGGGAGUCCGACAAUGAUGUGUGUGAUGAUCAAAUGAUCACCAUAGAGUGGGAGGACGAACUUCUGCCACUCCCUCAAUGCCAGAAGAAUAGACCCAACAGAUCUUCUUUGUCAUCAAAGCAGCAGCUCUGCGCAGGCAACCUAGGCACUGAGCCCCGGUACCGCCCUGCAAAGGUUGUUCAGUUCCUUAUGGUCGCUGUCGCAGAUGCUAUAAGCAAGCGUUUUGGACGUAUAUCAGGCACCACAGGGGAGAUCGUUUACGAUGCAGCCACCAUUCGUGUAAACGAUUUUCACUCUGGCUCCGAAGUGGUGUAUAAUAUUCCCACUACCAAACGAUGUCAUCAUGGAGGCGAUGACGGUCUUGCGCUGUCAUUUGUAAGAGUGGUGGCCAAGGUAAAGCGCGGCGAGAUGGGUGUUUUAGAAGCUCAGAGGACCUUCUUGAACUGUACCGUGGAAGAGCUUCUGAGAAGUCAUCUUGCAGUUUUUUGGGUAGAGGAGGCGAGAAUAGGAGGAACGACCGUGAAGUGGCAGUAG